UAGAGUUGUGUUCGGUUUAUAGACGAAACGUAUUUUUAAAAAAAUACUAGCUUUUGAUCAUACUGUAUAUAUAUUAUCAUCAGUACAGAUAAAAUUAAAUAAAAGAAAAAUCAGUUACAAGUUUAUAAGCGAUUGUUUCGGAUGUUAUAUUGUUGAAUUUGUUGCGUUUAAAGUGCUAAAAAUGAAAGCGAUAUAUUUAGUUUUAGCGUUUUUUGUUUUGGAAGUGCAUUCAAUGUCCCUCGUGGGGCCGGUUGCGACAUGGUACCGGCCAUGCGGACUUGGAGCUGUGUUUUUUAAAAACCUUACUUCAAACUUUUGGCUCGCAAAAAUAAAUGUCAGUUUAUAUAAUUUAGACAAAGCUAAUAUAUCGAUUCAAUUCGAACAAGAAGUGCAGAUUGUGGCGGUCCCAAUAAAGUCUUUAAUCAAGUUUUAUAAAAAGUCGAAUACUUACACAUUUAAUUCGCUGGAAACGAUUCCCAAUGAAUAUAGUAUUUAUAUGAAAAUUGUCAACGGCUCCGGUACGGACAUACCGAAAGUUUCAAGUAUUAAAUUGAAUAAUAUGGUGCUGUGUAACGAAACUGUAAAGAAUACGGUAAAUGUUAAGUCCUACAAUGUUACUAAAGAAAAUGACAACACCUUUAAAUAUAUGUGCGGCCACCGGUCGUUAAAAAGCUCAGAAGUUAAUCAAGUCAUGGGAGAUGCCAAGGCUGGUGACUGGCCCUGGCAUGUAGCUAUACUGAUAAGGAGAGGAACAAAAAAUCUUGCCAACUACCAAUGUGGAGGAACUAUUAUUUCUAGUACCGCAAUUCUUACUGCCGGUCAUUGUGUUUUCAUAAAUGGGACACGUAUUGAAAGUGAAAAACUUGUAAUCGAAGCUGGUGUGGUCGAUCUCAGAGCAAAAGACCAAAAAGGAAAACAAACACUAAACGUUGACAAAGUGAUUUUGCACCCCGAGUACAGUAUAGAACACGCAAGUUCAGAUCUCGCUAUUCUUGUGGUCAAUAAACUACGGUACACUGAAUAUGUCCAACCAAUUUGUAUUUGGGGGCCAGUGUAUGACAAAGUAACGCUCUUUGGGCGGACAGCUAUGAUUACUGGGUUUGGAACAACAGAAAACGACGUACUUUCAAACACUCUCAGAUCUGCGUACACUACUAUACAAAAUGACACCACUUGCAUUGCGUUCAACCAAAAUUUAUAUUCAAAAUUGCUAAAUGAAUUCACAUUUUGUGCUGGUUUAGGACCCGAAGUUGGAGUGAAUCCUCGCAACGGGGAUAGUGGGGGAGGCUUAACGGUACCAGUGGUGCGAGCUGACAACAAAGUGACCUGGUUUCUACGAGGUGUUCUGUCCAAAUGUGGCUUACCUACUGGUCACAAAUUAUGCUCUCCUAAUUUUUACGUAGUUUACACAGAUGUUGCUCCUCAUUACGGCUGGAUAUACCAUAAUGCGGGAUUAUAUUUUUCAAGUAACAUCAUUUAUUGAUGUUAUAGGUUAGGAUACCUUACUUAAAAAUAAGACUUUUCCUUUAAACUAACCUUAAUAUAAUUUAGUAAUUAAUUAUUUUCUUAAACACACACACACACGUCACAAUAGACUAGGGUUAUAUUAAUAUUUGGUAGUAUUGUAUAAAAUAUUAAAAUAUUAAAUAAGUGGUCGAAAUAUAAA